GUCAUCAGAUAUAUUCAUUAGAAAUGUGAUUGAGCAGCUGGUGAUGCUUGGGUGGGAGAUUGGACCAAAAAUUAUCUGAGAUCCCCUCCAACUCUAAGAUGAUAUGAUUUUAUAGAUUAUAUCCCCACAUCAAAGAACUGUUGCCUCACAUUUAAAGAAGAAGAAAGGAGGAACAUGAACCAGACCAACCAGACCUGGGUGACAGAAUUCCUCCUCUUGGGACUCUCUAAUGACCCUCAGACUCAGGUGCUGCUUUUUGUAUUGUUCCUGGGGGUCUACCUGGUUACUGUGCUUGGAAGCUUACUCCUCAUCUACCUAGUUUUGACUGACUCACAGCUCCAUAUACCCAUGUACUUUUUUCUAUGCAACUUGUCUGUAGCUGACCUUUGCUUCUCUACCAACAUUGUUCCCCAGGCCAUGAAUCAUAUGCUGACCAGAAAAAAGGUAAUUUCCUUCAUGGGUUGUGUUGCUCAGCUUUUUCUUUUCCUCAUUUUUGGAGCUACCCAGUGUGCCUUAUUAGCUGUGAUGUCUUAUGACCGGUACUUGGCAAUCUGUGAUCCCAUGCAUUAUCCUAUCAUUAUGACAAGGAGGAUGUGUAGCCUUUUGGCCUUGGGGUGCUGGAUCAGUGGUAUUUUAAUAUCCUUGGUGGACACUACAUUCACACUACAUCUUCCCUUCAAAGGAGACAACAAGAUUGCUCAUUUCUUUUGUGAAGCCCCUGCCCUCCUUGAUGUGGCAUCUGCAGAUACUCACAACUCACAAAUGGUUAUUUUCCUCAUGGGUGUGGUGAUUCUUCUUGCACCUGUAUCCCUGAUCCUGGUCUCCUAUGGCUCUAUUAUAGUAACUGUGGUCAGGAUGAAGACAACCUCUGGGAGACUCAAGGCAUUCUCCACCUGUGGCUCCCACCUCCUUGUAGUCAUCCUUUUCUAUGGAUCCGCAAUAAUUUCCUAUAUGACCCCCAAAUCCUCCAAAGAACAGGCCAAACUGGUUUCUGUGUUCUAUGCUGUGAUUAACCCUAUGCUUAAUCCUCUCAUCUAUAGCCUGAGGAACAAGGAUGUGAAAAGGGCAUUCAGGAAUGCAACCAACAGGGGGAAACCCUGUAGACCCUGAACCUAACAAUGUAAUUGCAUUUGACCAUAUCUUUUUAUCUUUAACAUUAUUGUGUAGAUUCCUGAUAGGAGUUGUGUAGACUCCUGGUAGGAGCUGUGUAGACUUCCUAUGACUGGUGGUAAAGAAUGUAUUAAUAUAUUGUCCUUAAAUUAUUUUUACAUAUAUAAUAAUUAUUGUAUAUCCUUACAA